AUGAGCCCCCUAGUACUCGUUGUCCUUCUAUCUAGCCUAGGCCUGGGAACCGCAAUGACUUUUGCGAGCUCGCACUGACUCCUAGCAUGAAUAGGCCUAGAAAUUAAUACCCUGGCCAUCCUCCCUUUAAUAGCACAGCAGAACCACCCCCGGGCCAUGGAGGCCACAACCAAAUACUUCCUUAUCCAGGCCACAGCGGCAGCCAUAAUUCUGUUUGCUAGCACCACCAAUGCAUGAGCCUCUGGGCAAUGAGAUAUCACCUACCCCUCCCACCCAGUGACCGCCACCAUUACUAUGGCAGCCUUGGCCAUAAAGAUUGGGCUAGCCCCAACACACUUCUGACUUCCAGAAGUUCUUCAAGGGGUCUCCCUUACCACCGGGCUGAUUCUAUCCACUUGACAAAAACUGGCCCCUUUUGCACUUAUUCUUCAAGUAGCAAACUAUACCCCUCCCUACAUGUUAACGGCCCUGGCCCUCUGCUCGACCCUUGUUGGGGGGUGAGGAGGACUUAAUCAGACACAGCUACGUAAGAUCUUAGCAUACUCAUCAAUCGCACACUUGGGGUGAAUGAUUCUAGUCGCUCAAAUAGCACCCCAGCUGACGCUAAUUGCUUUAAUCACAUAUAUUGUUAUGACAACGGCAGCAUUCCUCACUCUUAACAACAUGGAUGCCACUAAAACUGCCACCUUAGCCUCCUCUUGAACUAAGUCCCCCACUCUGACCGCAAUAGCCUGCUUGGUCCUUCUCUCUCUCGGGGGCCUCCCCCCGCUAACAGGGUUUUUACCUAAGUGGCUUAUUCUCCAAGAGGUAACUAACCAGGGAUUUAUUCCAACGGCAACUGUUAUGGCCCUAUCUGCACUGCUAAGCUUAUACUUCUACCUGCGACUCACCUACGCUAUGUCCCUCACGCUCUUUCCCCACACUUUUAAUUCUGUAACCCCUUGACGUAUAACGGCCAAACGUCCAACCCUGCUCCUAUCCACAACCAUUAUUAUAACCACGUGUCUCCUACCUCUCACCCCCUCUGCCCUGACCCUGCUGAUCU